AAACUAUCACAAAACUUUAUUGAAACAGCACAGGGUGGAAGUGUGUGCGGCGAUUCUAGGAGGGGAAGCGAGGCUGCUGAUAUGGCGGACCCGGCGGCACAGACCUCCGCGCAGCCCCGGCUUCAGCAAGCUCAGUCCAGCGGCUCGGCAGGGUCCAACCCAAACCCCGGAGCCGGAAGCAGCGACCCGGCCCGACCAGGCCUGAGUCAACAGCAAUGGUCCAGCCAGAAGAAAGCCCAAGUCCGCUCGUUUCCGCGGGCUAAAAAGCUUGAGAAACUCGGAGUGUUUUCCUCCUGCAAGGCGAAUGAUGCUUGUAAAUGUAAUGGUUGGAAAAACCCCAAUCCGCCAACAGCUGCUCGUAUGGAGCUCCAGCAGCAGGCAGCCAGUCUGACCGAGGCUUGCCGAAGCUGUGGACACUCUUUGGCAGAACAUGUGUCUCACCUGGAGAAUGUGUCUGAGGAGGAGAUUAACCGGUUGUUAGGGAUGGUGGUGGAUGUGGAGAAUCUCUUCAUGUCUGUUCAUAAAGAAGAAGACACGGACACCAAGCAAGUCUACUUUUAUUUGUUCAAGUUGCUGAGGAAGUGUAUCCUGCAGAUGGGGAAGCCUUUGGUGGAAGGCUCUCUCGGUAGCCCUCCCUUUGAAAAACCCAACAUAGAACAAGGGGUGUUGAACUUUGUUCAGUAUAAGUUCAGUCAUUUGGCGCCUAAGGAGAGGCAGACCAUGUAUGAGCUCAGUAAGAUGUUUCUGCUCUGUCUGAACUACUGGAAGCUGGAGACUCCAUCACAGUUCCGUCAGAGGGCUCAGAAAGAGGAUGCAGCCGCAUACAAAGUUGAUUAUACUAGGUGGCUGUGUUACUGUCACGUUCCUCAGAGCAACGACAGCUUGCCACGGUACGAGACCUGUCAGGUGUUCGGCCGCAGUCUCCUGAAGUCCAUCUUCACCGUCACCCGCAGGCAGCUACUGGAGAAGUUCAGAGUGGAGAAAGACAAGCUCCCUCCAGAGAAACGCACUCUGAUCCUCACACACUUCCCCAAGUUUCUUUCCAUGUUGGAAGAAGAAAUCUAUGGAGAAAACUCCCCCAUUUGGGAGGCAGACUUCACCAUGCCAGCUUCAGAGGGGACACAACUGGGGCAUCAAACAGUACUGAGUCCCGUCUCAGUGUCUGGCUCUCCUCUCAGUAAGGGCAGCAGCGGUUCUGCUCUAGGUGUUACGGGUUUGGACAUUGCUUCCUCUGAACCAAUAACCGGAGAGAAACGUAAGCUUCCUGAGGCACUGACUCUGGAGGACGCCAAGCGGAUCCGAGUGAUGGGUGACAUCCCAAUGGAACUGGUCAAUGAAGUCAUGAAAACCAUCACAGACCCUGCUGCCAUGCUGGGGCCAGAGACUAGUCUGUUGUCUGCAAACGCAGCCCGUGAUGAGACGGCUCGUCUGGAGGAGAGGAGAGGCAUCAUUGAGUUCCAUGUGAUUGGUAACUCUCUCUCUCAGAAGUCCAAUAAGAAGAUUCUAAUGUGGCUCGUGGGCUUGCAAAAUGUUUUCUCCCAUCAACUUCCCCGCAUGCCCAAAGAGUACAUCACACGUCUUGUGUUUGACCCGAAGCACAAGACCUUGGCUCUGAUUAAAGAUGGCCGUGUGAUUGGAGGGAUCUGCUUCAGGAUGUUCCCCACUCAGGGAUUCACAGAGAUCGUCUUCUGUGCGGUCACCUCCAACGAGCAGGUCAAGGGCUACGGCACACACCUGAUGAAUCAUCUUAAGGAGUACCACAUCAAGCACAGCAUUUUGUACUUUCUCACUUAUGCAGACGAAUAUGCAAUCGGCUACUUCAAGAAACAGGGCUUCUCCAAAGACAUCAAAGUACCGAAGAGCCGCUACCUUGGUUACAUCAAAGACUACGAGGGAGCCACGCUGAUGGAGUGCGAACUCAAUCCCAGAAUACCCUACACCGAACUCUCACACAUCAUAAAGAGACAGAAAGAGAUAAUCAAGAAACUGAUCGAGAGGAAACAGAAUCAGAUCAGGAAAGUGUAUCCUGGUCUCACCUGCUUUAAAGAGGGUGUGCGGCAGAUUCCUGUGGAGAGUAUACCAGGCAUCAGAGAGACUGGUUGGAAGCCUAGUGCCAAGGAGAAAAGUAAAGAGCUGAAAGAUCCCGAUCUGCUUUACAACAUGUUAAAGAAUCUUCUCGCACAGAUUAAAACGCAUCCAGACUCCUGGCCUUUCAUGGAGCCGGUGAAGAAAUCUGAAGCUCCUGACUAUUAUGAGGUCAUCCGUUUCCCCAUUGACUUGAAAACCAUGACGGAGCGUCUGAAGAACCGAUAUUAUGUGACUAAAAAGCUCUUUAUCGCCGACCUGCAGCGAGUGAUCACGAACUGCAGAGAGUACAACCCUCCAGACAGCGAGUACUGCAAGUGUGCCAACACACUGGAGAAGUUUUUCUACUUCAAACUGAAAGAGGCCGGGCUCAUUGACAAGUAACUGGCUUCUAGCCUAGAACAAGGGACCAGUUAGAAUAUAUAGAGAGUGUGAUCACACACACACACACGUUUCAUUUGGAUGAACAACAUCCAAACCUGUCUAAAGUUGCUGCUUUCUGUUACUUUUCCCUUAUACAAUAUAGUUAUAAAACUCAAGGUUAUAUUCAUGUGUAUGACUCGGCCAUGCCAGUGCAUUAAGGCAAAAUGAAAACUGAAAGUGUUUGAUGUGGGCGUUAGCUUGUGGGUGUUAGCUUAGACAGAAAUCACCAUUAGCAGUUCAGUUCUUCUUUCCUAUCCUCCGCCAUAAAACGAAUGACUCAUGCACACACUGCAAGCUGUCCCUCUACAUACACAAACAUUCAGUUGUGUAACUUAAAGUUAUAUCCUGUGAAUUUCCCUUUUGACCUGAGAUGCUGCAGCCAAAGAUGGACAAUAUCCGGCCUCUAGUGAUGUCACCCUUCUCGCCCAAAGCUGUUUGAAGCAGCCGGUCAGUCCUAUACAGGAUGUAUCCAUUUAGUACAAAUCUGACAAUAUGAGGUAAAUCAUACUUUCUUUGUUGAGUUCCGUCAAUGACUUUUAUUGGAAAAGAUGCCUCAUUCCAUGACUGAUCACUUCAAACAACAAUAAUCAAAUGUUUUUUUUCUCCUGGGAAAUUACUUCUGUCCAUUUUGCUUUGUCAGUUGCCAUUGUGAAGUGUUUAUCUUUGUUCACAAACCAAUAUUUGCUGUCUUUGGAAGCUUUCAGUGUGUCAUGGCCCCAGGCGUAAGCAUUCAGUUUUUACACCCAUUUGGGACCAUGAACAACUAUUUCCAUUUCAAUCGUAGCUGCAAAACACCUUUUCCGCGACUACUGCACAAAUCUUUAUAUCCAAAUACAUGUGUGAUUUCUGUCACACCGCAUGUUCUCUGUUAGUUUAACGCUCACACACAUGAGACAGGACAGCUGGGUUUUUUUCAGUCUCGUGAUGGGCAUUUACUUGAAACAUGACUUUAACAAACUGCUGCAAUGUUGAUGUAUUUCAGGGUUCUUUAUUUUUGGAUUUACUGUGGGUCACUGAUGACCCUUUUCAUGAACAGGACAGAUGGGCGUAAUAGAAAGCGUUUGGAUAUGGUUACAUUUGGAUGAUGCAUGUAAAUUGCAACUAUUCUGUGUACUAUAAUUCCGUUUUUUUUUUUUUUUUUUAAUAAACAAAUUUAUCUAA